AUGUCCAAGUCCAUUCGAAUUCAGGGCAUACAAAUGCCCGUUUCGGAAACCAUCUUAGAUAGCAUGGAUUUCGCGCCAACGGAGAUUGUUUUCUCACUUCCGCGUACAACGGAUCAUGAUGACUUUAGCACCGAAGGCAAAUACAGCUAUCUGCAAGGGCCUGUGAAGGUACCCGGGCCAUGGAAGAGAGGUCGUCCGAGGGCUGCCAAACCGAAGAAAUCAGCAUUUCAAUUUGUCAGCGUGUCUGGUGAGACGAAGUACAUGGACUCUGCUUCACAAUCCACGAUCCGUAGCCAUGCAAGGAGGAUGACACCACGUCAUAAUACUGGGCGAGGUGGACACUAUAGGUCUCCUAUCAAGAAGCUGAUCGCCAGCGAAGAGUCUUACGCACCACUGGAGAUGGCGCUCCGAGGAGGCCUAUCACAGAUUCCAGGAGUCGAUCCGUUUAAUACUUCGUGCAUCACCCUAGAACCAUACAUGCAUGAUCUUUUGUCUCUCUUCUCGUCCAGAAUAUGGAGGAGUAUCUAUACUUUAGAAGAGGUGGGUGGCUGGAACCCAAUCGAAAAUUAUUGGCUUCCAUUGGCUUUCCAAGAUGCUGCUCUUCUGCAUUCAUUCAUUGCUUGCGCCGAUGCGUAUGUGAAUGGGUAUACGUCUGAACAAGUGAGACCCCGAUGGUCAAAACACCUUUCAGAGGUUGUAUCUAUCAUGAAUCGGCGGCUUUCUAUGCCGACACCAGCAAUAUCUAAGCAGACUCUGGCAGUAAUUGCUGGAAUGGCGUUGCUUGAGUUGAGAUCUGGGCGGCACGAGCACUGGAGAACACAUAUGAAAGGCCUCAAAGUGUUAGUAGAGCUCUAUGGUGGUCUUGAGACAAUGGAUUCAGAACCACUCGUUCUACACAAGAUUUACAGGGCCGAUCUGAACGGAUCAUUAGAUGCCGGAGAGCCACCAUUCUUUCAUGGCCCGAACGAUAUCAUAUCCACAAAAUACUCAACUAGCAAUAUACGAAGCGAAGGUUUGAAUGAAAUAUGCAAGCUCCUGAGCUUUGAACCUGUUCUUUCAACAUGCAUCAGGCAGCUAGAAGGGGUUGAGGGAUUCUGGCCAAGACAGGGCCAUCUUCCAAGUCAUGAGAAUAUCUCUGCCGCCGCCUCCCACGAGCUAUUCCGUUCGCCUUUUGGAAUUGCUCAAGUGCGACUCAUUUUGACAAAUACGCAAUACAGGCUGGUUUCGGCCGCUGAUUCACCGCCAAUGCACCUUGGGUCCAUGAGAAUGGCGAUGUUCGAGGUUUUGAGGAUCACUCUAGUCAUCUACACCUUGACAGUUCUCAGAGAACGUCCACAGUCGACGUUCGUUGGCCAGAGAAUAGCCCAUAAACUUUACCAAGCGUUGAUUGUCGUGUCUGAAGAGGCGACUAUCACGGGCGAUCUCCAGUUUUAUCAGUAUGGCACAGAGAGCACUACUUGCAGCAAGUUGUCGAAUACCUUGGGGUCGCCCUUGGGAUCUAUUGUGCCACCCGGCUUCCUUCUUUGGGGGAUUUUCUUCGCAAUUGUGAAUCUGCCGCCUGGAAAUAUGUCAAGGGAGGUAAUUUCGAUUAAACAAACCCUUCUCCAAAUUUUUACUCAGCUUGUUCAGUCAUCCGGGAUCAGCCAACAAGAUGUCAAGUUUCGGAUUUCGAAGUAUUUGUGGAUAGAGAAUGCCCAUGGUGUUCUCUUUGACAAUUUCUGGUCUGACAUUCAAUUAUAUAAUUCUUGA